CACAGAACCCCGUCGUGAUGUCACCAGGUGGGACUCGAGGGCCCCCAGCCUGAACCCUCUGGGGUUCUGGAAGCUUUGUGCUUUGGUCCUGAGCAGGGGCAAGCCCUUGGAACCCUCCCAUGGUUAGAAAUAAACCUGGAGGCCAGGAGGAAGGUGUGGGGCUGGGGAGCUUGUUCCUGAGUCCAAGAUCUAUGGGCCUACAGCUAUGGAUGCCAUGGGUGAUGAUGGCCCAGAGGGAGGCGCUCUUGGGGCAUCUGUUUUCUAAUAUUUUAUUUUUUUGCAUGGAAAUCCAGGGACAAUGGCCUAGUUUUCUCAUUUCCUCUCCUUCAUCAAGGAGGCUCCGAUGAGCAAGGCUGAACUUUCCGAGCCCUGGGAUAGGGCUAAUUCUGAGGAUGCGGUCUGAUUCCUCCUCCCACCCUCCCCAGCCAGAACCUGGCUGGCUCCCGUCUCCAGUUCUGGCUCAGGGACACAGCCAGGGUCUCUGCUCAAGCCUCGAUGUCCAUCCCUGUUCUUGUCCCUAGCUCACAGCUCCCGGUACUCCCGGCUUGUCCCUGGCUCCUUCUGGAAGGCCUUUGUGCUGGGUGAGCCCCGGCCCUGGGUUUUCUGGUUUGACUCCUUCCCUAGUCCCCACAAGCUUCUGGCUCGGUGUGGACCCGGGAAAAGAUCUUUGGAUCAUUGGUCGUUAUUGAGCCCAGCGCUCCUUUUUGGUCCUGCUGAGAGCUAUAAGAGAGGUGGACGGUUCUGCUUGUGUUUAUCCUGCAAGUUGCAGGGGGAGAAUAAAAAAUAAAAAAUUGAAAAAGGAGAUGAGAAAGGAGCAUGUUGCAGACUCUGCAGUGUGGAAAUGCCGGAAAAUGCCCAGAGCAGGGAGGUGGGAGAGUGAGAAGGGCGGCGCAGGAGGUGAGCCGGGAGGUCAGGCAGGCUAUGGGGGGCUUUGGACAGCAGAGCACCCCACCCCUCCCUGGCGUCGGGCAGCAGAUGAGGGGGGUGGCUCGGGGUGGGGGCAGACUCCAGAGACACCCCCGUGGGGCCCACAGCAAGAUCUGGCGGCUUGUGGAUCCAGGGUGAAAGGGAAGAUGGUGCCCCAGGCUGUGGGGUUCUGGGAAGGUGAGUGGGCCCUGGACAGUGAUGGGGAGCUGGAAGGACAGCGUCUGAGGGACAGAGGAGUUCAGCUUCGGGCACGCUGAGUUAUGUUUGGAACACCAGCUUAAGGUGCCCAAGAGGCGACGGGAGCUGGGGCUGGAGGUGGGAGAGAUGGGGGCCCAGGGAGUGGCUGGUACUCAAUAAAUGCUUGCUGAUUGACCAGCUGGGAGCCGCUGAGAUCCCAGAGGGAGCCGAGGGCUCCUAGAAGGAGGCAGGGCCCUGACAAGCUGCAGUCCUGAGGCACGAGCCAGGAGGGGCCUUCAAAGGGCAGGAUCCCCCGGCCAGCACGUGUGUGUGCUCACCCUGGGGCAGCACACUUCAGACUGCGGUGAGAAUUAUCACACGGGAGCUUGGAGAGGAGGGGGGGGAGGGCGUCCCAGCUAUAAAGAGCCGCUCCCGUCCUGCUCCGGCCGAGGCUCUUCCAGGAAGGGGAGAGGGCCAGGGGGCUGCUGCCUGACAAGUGCCGCCAUGCCGGCCGCUACCCCGCUGCCCCUGGUGCGGCUGCUCUGCCUCCUGGCUGCCCCCUGGCCCGCCCGGCCCGAGAAACUCUUCCACAGCCGGGACCACUCGGACCUGGAGGAGUCCGUCCUGCACCAGGCCGAGCCCGUCACUGACCUCCACUCCGCUCAGUUGUUCUUAUCCAAAUACGGCUGGACGGAGGGGCCCGCUGGGGGGACGGCGCCCCCCUCGGACGUUCUGGGGCCCGCCCCCGAUGACAGACCUCCCGCAGGGCUCAGCGACCCCCGCAGCCUGCAGGAGGCGCCUUCCACGGCCAGGCCAGGAGGGAAGCUCCUGGGGGCGCCUGGCGGGGACCCGGGCCUGGCCAAGGCCAUCGCCAAGUUCCAGGCCUUCAGUCAGUUACCGGUGACCGGACAGCUGGACAAAGCCACCCUGGCGGCCAUGAACCAGCCGCGCUGCGGCGUGCCCGAUCGCCGGCUCCCGCGGGGGCCGGACCCGAGGCCCGGGACUCCCGGCGCGGAGCAGGGGGGCCCGGGGCCCCAGGCGCGGCCGAGGCGGUCCCUGCAGGCGCUCCGGGGGCCCCCAGGCCUGCGCGCCUUCUCCAGGAGGCUGCUGAGGUGGAGGCUGGUCGGGGAGGGCUACAGCAGCCAGCUCUCCGUCGAGGAGCAGAGGUUCAUCUUCAAGCUGGCCUUCCGGAUGUGGAGCGAGGUCAGCCCGCUCAAGUUCAAAGAGGACCGCCUCUCUCCCGCGGCCCGCGUGGACAUCAAGCUGGGCUUCGGAAGGGGAAGACACCUGGGCUGCAGCCGGCCGUUUGACGGGAGCGGCCAAGAGUUCGCCCACACCUGGCUCUUUGGGGACAUUCACUUUGACGACGACGAGCACUUCACGACCCCCAGCAGCGACAACGGGAUCAGCCUCCUCAAAGUGGCGGUUCACGAAAUCGGCCACGUGCUGGGCCUGCCGCACCAGGACAGGAGCGGCUCCAUCAUGCGGCCCAACUACACCCCCCAGGAGGCCGCUCUGGAGCUGGACUGGGCGGACCGGAAAGCGAUACAGAGCCUGUACGGGUCAUGUGAAGGACCUUUUGACACGGCCUUUGACUGGAUCCGCAAAGAGAAAACCCGCCACGGGGAGCUGGUCGUGAGCUUUAGCACCUACUUUUUCCGCCGCGGCUGGUACUGGCUUUACGAGAACCGCCACAACAGGACCCGCUACGGGGACCCGAUCCUCACCGCCGUUGGCUGGCGCGGGAUCCCCUCCCAGGGCAUCGACGCUUACGUCCACGUCUGGACGUGGAGAAGAGACGAGCGUUACUUUUUCAGAGGGCAUCACUUCUGGAGGUAUGACGGGGACAGCGACCGCGCCUAUGCCAAGGACACCCACGGGCAGAGCUACCCCCGGCCCAUCUCAGAAGGCUUUCCCGGCAUCCCCAGCCCCCUGGACACGGCCUUCUACGACCGAAGGACCCAGCUCAUUUACUUCUUCCGGGAGUCUUUGGUUUAUGCGUUUGACGUGGCCACAGGCCGAGUGGCCAACUCCUACCCAAAGAGGCUGGUGGCCGCCUUCCCUCCCGCGGCCCCCCCAGACCACCCCUUGCGAGACCUGGACGCGGCCUACUUCUCCUACGCCCACGGCGCCCUUUUCUUUUUCAAAGGGGACGCCUACUGGAGAGUGGUGAACGACCAAGACCGGCGGCAGAACCCCUCGCUGGCGCUCAACGCGCUGCUCCCCCAAAAGUCCAUCUCCCAGACGUGGUUCGACAUUUGCGACGUCCAUCCUUCCUCCCUGAAAAUGGCGCAGAAAGCUGACAGAGCCGUCUAGGAGACGCUCAGGAUGGGAUGGCAACUUGGAAUAGAAUGGACUGAGCACAGGGAUCUCAAAGCACACUUUGGAGGCUGGCGGGGCACUUUCCCUUCCGUUAAUAACUACAAUUGGAACAAAGACCAUUUUCCAUUUUCUUUUUUUAAAGAGAGAGCGUUACAGUGUUUGAUGUGGAAUGAUUUUAAUGCAAGAUUACCAUUGGGAAGACAGAUUAUUUAAAGAAAAUCCCAUUAUGCCAAAUUUUUAUGAGCAUUUACCCUUGGAGAGGACCUUAGACUGAUGCACUGGCAGACAUUCAGUCCAGUUACAGAGGGCACUGACCACUGACCUACAGACUUUGACCCAAACCCAGCAGCAAGAGGCUGAACCACUAAACACGGGCAUCUGAUGCCACGACUGCCACGUCCACCAAAGCCACAGUCCUUCUUUAUCAUUAAAAUAGCCCCGAUAACAAGCCACGGGGAGAUUUCCUCCAUCAGACCCUUAAGGGUCUCGAUCCCAGGAUUCAGCCAGAGUGCUGGCUGCCGAGGCGGAGGGCCAUAAUGGAGGAGGCAGCGAGGGAGCGAGCAAGGCAGAACCGAGUCAUGGCCCUGCUGAGACUCGCCCGGCUGGGUGACCUUGGGGAAAACACCUCCAGAACCCGGCCGGACCUGCAAGAGUCUAAGCCGGGGCCUUCCGGGAGAUCUCUGCUCACAGCAGAGGCUUCAGCUUUACAAUCUGAACAGACGUGGCAAUUCCCCAAUGGCCAACAUCUAGGGAAAGGAACGUUCAUGCUUCUUUUAAACUUAUUUACUAUGAAGGGAAAUGAAGCGACCAAGUGAUUCUGAUUAAAAACUCGGUUCUCAUGCUUGACAGUUUGCACAUAUAACUUGAAGGGGACUCAUGGCGAUAAGUUUAUGCACAUCUUUUGUCACUGAUAAGCUACAUUAAAGGGAAAAACAGAUGGUGAGGAUCCCUGUGCCGGAGGAGGGAGAGUGGAGAUACUCUCCUCAGAGCUGGGUGACUCCCGUUAGUGAGGGACAUCCCAGGAAGGACUUAGGGAAGGGAAGCUGACCCGACCAUCGAGAACCCGCUGGAGGGAGCGUGGCCGAUGUCCUGGGCCCAGCCUCUGGGCUCCUGCCAGAACACCGCCUUCUACCUGCACUGACGCAACCAACAGAGCCGAGCACACGAGUUUAUGUAAAAAAAAAUUUGUCUUUGCUCGUCUUUUUAUCGUAAACAGCCGGGGGCUGUCAGAGCUGCCCAGGGCGCUAUGUACACAACUACCUCAGGCUUUCCAUCCUUCACCUCGACUACAAGUGCUCCCUACUUGAAUUGCCCUAAAGGGAAGGGGCUGGAAGGGAAAACAUUCCAAAAAUGGAUACGUCUAUUCUUAAUAAAUAAAUUUAUUUAUUUAAAA